AUGCAGACGGUAAAAGCUGAGUAUCUCGCGGAAAAUCCGCGAGAGCGAUCGAAUUUAUUUGAGAUAUUAAGUUUUUGGUAUACCAUGCCCACUUUUCUUAGGGGGCGCACUGUUACAUUAGACACCAGGGACCUUUACAGAACCUUGAAGGAACACAAGUCAGAAACCCUCAGCAAUAAAUUAUGCAGUGCCUGGAAAACUGAAAUGGAGACUCGCAAGGAGAACGCCAGUUUGCUGAGGUGUCUUCUAAGGGUAUACGGCUGGUAUUUCUGCUUCCUUGGCCUAGUUGUCUUCGUUAUGAAUGUUGUACUAACAAUGCGGCCUCCGUUUCUGGUUAAGCUGAUGUCUUCCUUCUCCCACGGCUCUGAGUCCAAUGGGAACGCAUAUGCAUAUGCGGCAGGAGUCAUUUUGUGCGACGUCCUUCUUAUAACUAUCCUUCAUCCUUUCGCAUUUGCCACCAAUCAUUUUGGAUUUAAGAUUCGGGUGGGUCUGACCAGCCUGAUAUACCGGAAGAGCCUUCGGUUGAGCAAUACUGCGUUGGGCGAAAUGUCUGCGGGGCACAUCAUCAACUUAAUUACCAACGACCUGGGCCGCAUGGACUCUUUUCUUCAGAGUACGCACAUUCUUUGGCUGGGUCCUCUUCAGACGCUGUGUGUAACCUGCCUCAUGUUCCAAGAGAUUGGAAUUGCUGCAGUCUUUGGCAUAUCCUUCAUGUUAAUGUUUAUACCUCUGCAGAUGUAUCUGGGCCACAAGAUCGCAUUACUGCGUCGAGAAACCGCCAUGCGAACGGACAAAAGAAUGCGGAUGAUGACCGAGAUCAUCUCCGGCAUACAGGUCAUUAAAAUGUACGCCUGGGAGCUGCCCUUCGAGCGAUUGGUUGCCUACGCCCGCAGAAAGGAGAUCAAUACCAUUCGGCACGCUGCCUACAUUAAGGGUGUCCUCUCGUCCCUUAGUAACUUUCUCACCCGAGUGUCCAUCUUCCUCAGUUUGGUGGGGUUUGUGCUAUUGGGCCAGUUCCUUACGGCGGAAGUGGCUUUUCUGAUAACAGCAUACUACAACGUCUUGCGCGUCAAUAUGACCACUCUUUUUCCAAUAGGCAUCACUCAGACCGCGGAGAUCCUAGUUGCCAUCAAGCGUGUGCAGAAGUUUUUGCAAUCUGAAGAGCUAGAACCCUCGGAUAGCAAGGAAGACUUCACAGGGGAAGGAAGAAACCUUGAGGAAACACUUUUGCGCACGAAUCAUCCCGUCAUUACUACUGAAGAACCCCUUCAUGAAAAAGCGCGUUUAUCCAUAAGCGGACUUAACGCCAAGUGGGAUACCAAUGCACCGGACUACACACUUAGUGGAGUGAAUCUUCAGGUGCAUCCUGGCACGUUGCUGGCCAUUGUGGGUCACACUGGGUCAGGAAAAUCCAGCCUGAUUCAGGCAAUUCUUGGAGAGCUGCGCGUCGAGUCUGGUGAGAUUGAGACCAGUGGAUCGUUGUCCUAUGCCUCUCAGGAGCCGUGGCUUUUUUCCGGCAGCGUGCGCCAGAACAUCCUCUUCGGCCAGCCCAUGGACCGCCGGCGGUACGAUGCGGUGGUGAAGGAAUGCGCUCUGGAACGGGACUUUGAGCUACUUCCGCUCAAGGAUAAAACCAUUGUGGGAGACCGCGGUGCUUCACUGUCGGGCGGCCAGAAGGCCAGGAUCAGUUUGGCCAGGGCUGUCUACCGAGAGGCCUCCAUUUACUUGCUGGACGAUCCGCUGAGUGCGGUGGACACCAACGUGGCCCGCCAUCUCUUCGAGCACUGCGUGCGUGGCUACCUGCGGGAUCGUAUUGUCAUUCUGGCCACCCACCAGCUGCAGUUCCUGCAGCAGGCCGAUCAAGUAGUUGUCCUGGAUAAGGGACGGGUUAGUGCUGUGGGCACCUAUGAGGAGCUUCAAAAGACGGGUGCCGACCUUGGUAGCGUACUGAAUGAGCCAGAUAUGCACGAGGAGCCGGCGCAGGAACGAUCAAGGACCCCCAGUAUCACAGACCAGCGACGCAGUAGUGUGGAAUCUGAGCUGUCCAAUCCGGAAUCCUGUCCAGAAGAUGCUCCGGAAGAGGUGAUCAACCAUGAGCGGAAAGGGGUUAAUUGCGGUGGCUGGGGAGUGUACAUCGACUACUUCAAAGCUGGCGGCGGACUUCUCCCCUUCGUCGUGAUGAUAAGCUUCUUUUUGGGAUCCCAAGGACUAGCCUCACUUGGAUAUUACUUUCUAGUGCCCUGGGUGUCAAAGAAACGCGACAUUGUUGUCCAAGAAGACGUAAUGAACUCAAAAGGUGCGGAUGACGCGAUGCACGACACCUACGUUUUUAUGCUGAUUACUGUGCUUACCAUUCUUGGGACUGUAAAACGGUCCUUUCUGUUUUACAAUUUGGCGAUGAAGGCCUCUAUUCGGUUGCACAACACCAUGUUUCGAGGCAUUUCUCGAGCCUCCAUGUACUUUUUCAACACGAACUCUUCGGGGGGUAUCCUAAAUCGCUUCUCCAAGGACAUGGGUCAAGUGGAUGAGAUACUUCCCCCUGUAAUGGUGAAUGUCAUUCAGGACUUUCUGUCGCUUGCCGGAAAUAUCGUUGUCAUAUCCAUUGUAAAUCCCCUAUUUUUCAUACCCGCCCUGGCUAUUGGUGUAGUCUUUUAUUACCUGCGUAUUUUUUACCUUAAAACUUCGCGUGAUUUAAAGCGACUAGAGGCCAGCACUCGAUCUCCGGUUUACUCGCACUUUGCUGCUUCCUUGACUGGACUUCCCACGAUUCGAGCCUUCGGAGCUCAACAAAUAUUAGAGGCAGAGUUUGAUAGUUACCAGGAUAUGCACAGCUCCGCGGCCUAUAUGCUCCUCAGCACAUCACGCGCUUUUGGAUUAUGGAUAGACGUAUUCUGUCUGCUCUAUAUAGCUAUCGUCACACUCGGCUUCUUCGUCUUUCCGCCAGCCAAUGGAGCUGAUGUAGGUCUGGCGAUAACACAGACCAUGGGUUGGAUGGGUAUGGUCCAGUGGACUGUCCGCCAAUCCGCCGAGUUGGAGACCACAAUGGUCUCCGUGGAGAGAGUGCUUGAGUACGAGGACAUUGAGCCAGAGGGAGCCUUGGAAGCGGACAAAAAGUUACCCCAGACCUGGCCGGAGCAAGGGAAAAUCAUGUUUGACGACCUCAGCCUACGCUACACUCCAGAUCCAAAGGCGGAAAACGUCCUCAAAUCACUCAGUUUCGUCAUCAAGCCGAGAGAAAAGAUAGGCAUCGUGGGGCGCACUGGGGCUGGCAAGUCCUCGCUCAUAAACGCCCUCUUCCGACUGUCUUACAACGAUGGAUCCGUCCUCAUAGACAAGAGGGACACAAGUGAGAUGGGUCUGCACGACCUGCGCAGCAAGAUCUCGAUUAUUCCCCAGGAACCCGUUCUGUUCUCCGGCACUAUGCGGUACAACUUGGAUCCCUUCCACGAGUACAGUGAUGAAAAGCUGUGGCACUCCUUGGAGGAGGUGAAGCUUAAGGAUGUGGUGGCCAAUUUGGCCACUGGCCUAGAGACCAAAAUCACCGAGGGAGGAUCCAACUUAAGUGUGGGCCAGCGCCAGUUGGUCUGCUUGGCACGGGCCAUUCUGCGGGAUAAUAGAAUCCUCGUGAUGGACGAGGCCACAGCCAACGUGGAUCCCCAGACGGAUGCCAUCAUCCAAACCACCAUUCGGAAGAAGUUCAAGGACUGCACCGUCCUGACAAUAGCCCAUCGAUUGCACACCGUCAUGGACUCGGACAAGAUAUUGGUCAUGGAUGCUGGACGGGCUGUGGAGUUUGGCACGCCCUAUGAGCUUUUGACGGCGGGAGAUACCAAGGUCUUUCACGACAUGGUCAUGCAGACGGGACAUAUUACCUACGUCAACCUGCUGAGAAUCGCACAAAAGAAAUUAUGA